CUACCAUAGCCGCUGUUUGUCCCCAUUUCGAUCGCUUGCUGGAGGUGAAGGGAAGGUCGACAUAAUUCUUUCACGCCAACUUGCCCAACCUUUUAACUGUUAUCGCGCCGUUCACGGAAUGAGCAAUGACGUCGCCGACGACAGCUAGGCCGAGACUUCGACGCAUGGAACCGCCACCUUGAUCACUUGGAUGGCAAGUCAAAAUCAACCAGCAACGACGCUAUGAUUCAAAACUUUACAAUAACGGCAAUGGCCAAGUCUGUUAGCCACUCCGCACCACCCCGGGCGCCAGCAUACGCCCGUGGGUUGGCCGUGAGUGGUUGUAGGCCAUGCUUCCUCAGUAGCACGCGUUCAGCACGCAACAGCGUCGUCCAUUCUGGCAUGGCCCACGUCGCACACGAGAGGCCAAACUUUCGGAUCCGCGGGUAUGCGGUUGCGCCACACUCGCUUGAGUCAGAGCUCAAUCGUAGGCAUCAGUCCGAGCUCCAACAUGACGAUGCCACGAACACCCAGAUGCUGGCCUCUCUUGGGGAAAGCUCGUUUACCGAUCCUAUAUCCGACUUCUUGCAGCAUCGCGAGCACGGAUCCGAAUUUAUGGCUUCCUAUUCUGAGCAGCAAAUCGAAGAGCUUUUCAGGUCCGCGACGCAUCAGCGCCUCGCUUCUGUCACCGUCGCACUACUCGACGCGAUGAGUCGGCACUCCGUCGACCUCUCCUCACCGAGUAUCGCAGCAGGCUCUUCUCUCCGAACAGCAGCAGGUCUGACCGGCUUGCUCAAAGGUCUUCAAGAUCUCGCGGCCCAAGCAGACACGAAGGGUCUCGUCUCUUCCGCUGCUGGAGCCGAGGGCCAGCUGCUCUCCUCUUUCCUGCAGCCAGCACUCAUAGCUCAGACAUUCGAGACCCUCCUUGGCAAGCGUCCGGACGGUGUCUUUGCUCAUCAGCUGCCAGAAGUAUACGAGGCAGCCUCAGCUCUGCGUCUCGCAGUAGGGCUCGCCGAGACACACGCACCUGAGCUUGCCGAGAUCGUAUCGCUACUUGUGCAUCGCGCAUGCGGCCACGACCUGGGCGGCCAAACAACCGCCGCAGCAGGAACGCCUUGGAAGCUCAAUAGUUGGUUGUCUGCCGAAGCUGUCUGCUCGUUGACCUCUUUCUUCGCUGGCAUGGACCCAUCGACACUUCUAACGCCAACAUUUCGAGAUGGAAAGGUGGUGUAUUGCUCUCGCAGGGACGCGUGCAUCUCUAUCAUCAGAGCUGUCGACGAGGGCCCGAUAGACCUUAAUCACGCUCUUCGACUUGCCAGCGUGGACGGUGACAGAUUUAUACGCCAGUCAUCUCGCAGUGCAACACAGAACGAGGAAGAGGAGGAGAGCGGAGACUUUCCUGCGCCUGUGAUAGGGUCCCCGCUAUCAAUGGUUGCUGAUUCCGCUGCGGAAGGCAACACCUCAAGCGAAACUUCUGCUCAUGACGACGCUUCUAUGAUAGUAGAGCAGCGCGCCGAAAGCGCUUCCGAGGCUCGCUUUGAAGCGACGAUGCACUCGUUCCUCGUACGCCUAAACAUUUCGCUCGGCAAGCCAGACGCUGCCAUCAAAACCCUCUUCACCUUCUCGAAAUGGUGUGGCAGAGUAGUGCGAAAGGACCAGUCUGUGGUCUUCAAAUACCUUGCCGAUAGGAUCGUAAGCAUCAGGCUUGCUCAAUUUGGCCCCGAGGCGGCUUGCAGCACGCUCCAACAGCUUUCUCGCCUGUCUUUCGGCAAUCUACCCGCCGUUGCCUGGGGCACCACGGCCAGCCAGACGUACCUGGUAUCGCAAGGCGCUCACCAAGACUGGCUACCCACCCUUUUGGAAGACGCAACCACGCUGAGCGAUGCCGCGCUCGAAAGAAUCGUUCGGAAGCUGAUGCAUCUACGAGGUAACACGCUCGGACCACCACGCAUACCUUUCCACAUGGUCAUUGACUUUCUCUCUGUUGUCAACUCUCGCCUGCUGGGUAGGAAGUUCGUCAUCGACCGCUUGGGUCGCACCAUGGGAUUCUGGGACGCGCUUGAUGAUGACUUUGUGAUGUCCCACCUCAGCGAGCUUCAACAGGUCGCUGUUCUCAAGCUAAUCUCCGCCGCGAGAAAGCUGGAAGUGCUUCAGAGGUUCUGGCAUCGCUGGGCGGGCGACGGUCCUGUUCUGGACGAAUACUUUCAGGGCCAGAAGUACGAGGCGCUCAAGCAAGACCAGAGUGCCGUGUCAAGAAGCUCUAGCUGCAUGUCCGCCAUGGUCAAGGCUUUGACGGACCACACAUUACACGAGACGAGUGAAGACGACAUCGCAGGCAUAGAGCGGCUCGCGCUUGCCAAGACUAUCAUUGGGAGAUUUCGAGGUGCAAAUCGACGCGAAACGCUAGGACAUCGGGACUUGACAGCCUUGGGAGAUGCAAGCUUUCGCGUUGGGGACCGUAAGAAUGCUCUAGCUGCCUUUAGGUCUAUCUUGCACCGCGAUGAAACGCCGAGCUCCUACGACUUGGCAGCCAUUAUCGGGAACCUGGCCAUGCUAGACUUGGACUAUGCCUGUGCGCUGCUUCAAAAAACUAUCGCGCGACCUGAUGCGAUGCACCUCACUGAUUUGGAGCGCAAGCAACUUGUCGGCGAGAACAUCGUCUUGGGUGGUCAGCCUAGCUUACACGCCUACGAAGCAGUCUUGACUCAGAUCGUCGAGCAAGUUCGACCGGAUCUCGCCGCAGACUUAGUGAAAAAAGCUCAGGCAAAUGGCAUUGAGCCACACUUGUCCGUGCAAGCCGUCUGUGAGGUCAAGCUACUGCUGGCAUCUACUGAGCACCAAGAUACGGGAAAUCGGACAUCGCUCAAUCAACUGCCUCGUCUCGUUCAACACGCCAUCAAUGUCGGAUGGCGUCCGAAUCGGAGAACCGUCGCUGCUCUGGUUCAAAGGACGGCUACAAUCCCUGCGGGUGGCCUUCAUAGAUCUAGUCCGGGCAACAAUCAACCGAGAGAACGACAGCGCGAGCCAGCAGGAGCCAAUGCCAUGGCUGCCGAGCAGCUUCUACACAUCGCCGCCACACAUCGCCUGAUGGACGUCGAAAUGGCUACCCUUGUUGUUCGCGCUAUUGGUAGCGCUGCGAACCACGCUUUUUCCAAAUUGGCAGAAACAACCUCGAGAUACCUUCAACAGGAACGCAGAAGACUUUUGAGAGCUGCUCUGGAUCGCGUUGUAGCCCUACUGCGGUGGGCGCCUACACCGCCGAAUCAACGUCUGCUGAGAAGCCUGCACGAAGCUGGCGACACGAGCGCUCGAGAUUCGCCAAAUCUCUUGGAGGACUUCAAAGCGUACAGGAACAUUAUCAACGUAUACUUGAAGCUACACGACCCUCAAGGCGCUGUCGAAGUAAUGUCUUGGGUGCGAGACGAGAAUGGUCUCGGCAUCGAUGUCCGCAAGAAUUCGAGAUUCAUUCAGCGCCUGAUCGAAUCCAUCAAGAACAGCAAACAACCUGGGGGGGAUGCUCCUUCAAGGGACACUCAAGAGCGGCUGCUAGCAGAGCUAGCGGGCGACGUUCCUACAAGAAAGACAAAAUCGUGGUGGAACAGAUCGAGGAUUUUGGCUAGGCUGCAAGGAGUGGACGAGAGGAGCGAGUUUUUGGAGAACAACAGGGCCUAUGCACUGUACCCACCUUCCGAUCGACCUUUACGAACCAUGCCAGGGUCCACCCCUCCUAUUCUCUGAUCUACGUCUUCAAGAAUGUCACCUGUAUAGACGGACUCAAUGAUGAUGCUAAUUGGACACA